AUGCCAGCAACAGCCCCCUCAAACCACCCUCGCCUGCCUCCAGAAAUCAUGCUCAUGGUCUUCAAACACCUCGAGCGCACCGCCAGCCCCUCUACUCUCGCUACCGCCGCCCGCACGUCCCACUCCUUCCACCAAGACCUCAUCCCCGUCCUCUACAGAUCCCCUACCCUUAUCAAGGACAACUGCCGCAGCUUUUUCCACGGCCUGUUCUCGACCCAAUGUCUAUCCCAGGAGGAGAAAGACGCGUGGUGGGAAGGAGAGCUCGGGGACAAGAAGUCGCGAGUCGCGCGACGGAUCGCGAUGCUGGGACUCGUGCAGAACGUAUUCCUUGCAGACCUUCAGGCAGUGAGGAUAUGUAAAGCGGCUGUCGCAGCGCUUCGUGCGAAGGGUCUCGAGGCCCCACCAAACGAUUGGUACACACCCCAUAUGGACGACUCUUACCCCAGAAUUCUCCUCUUUUAUGGCCGCGUGCCCCUCAACGUUCACCUGUCCUCCAAACUUUUCCUCUCGCUAGCUGGAGAGUCUGAAAGACUCACUCCCACCCUUAUACCGGAUGCAUUGGGCGGCAUGGUGAGGCCUUCCGGGAUAUUGUCGGUUCAACUGCCGCGAGAGGAGUGUAAUAAGAUGCCGUACCUCUGGCGAACGGUCGUGACUCCGAUUUGCCUAGAAGUGGACCCUCGGAUGCUGGUGAUCGAUGAUGUGGGAAAAGGCGCCCAUGUCACUUCGCCUCCUUUCUGUCCGCCGGGUGUAGCCAUACGUUUUGGGAACGAUGUGGGCGAACCGGAAAUAUGGCAGGUAUUGGAGUCUUUCUAUCGGAAGUACUUACACUCUAUUACACAAAACUCCCUGCACUGCAUCAUCUACAAUUACCCACCCAAAGGUCUUGCAGAGCUCAAAAGGCAGGACACUGUCGAGAAUGCCAUUCUCAGCAAGGCUUUCAGCAAACUUCACCAAUCGUAUGCACCGAGGGAGGUGAAACUUAGAGUCUACAUGGAAGGUGCCGUGAAGUCGAAUGUCUCGAUGGAGGAGAUGGGAAAUGAGUUGAGGGAGUUUAUGAAGAGUGCAUGA